AUACCAGUUUAAAAAAGUCCAAAGCUUUAAGUUUGAAAGGUUGAAUGAUGAUCAAGAAGGGCUAACUACUAUUGAUUUUGUCAUCUUCAUUGUUCUUCCGAAAACUCAAGUUCAUCGAUGCGUGAUUCAUUAGGUUCUAAUUACCGAGGCAGUUGCGAUGAAGUGCUUUUGAGCUCCACUUGUCCGUUCAAAAUUGAGAUGCCAGAACCAGCUCUUGGAUGGCCUCUUCAGGGACUAACCGUUAGUCCUCUAAGGCUGAGCCAGGAAGCUCGCCAGAAAUCGGAUAGCUCCGACAUGUUUUCCGAGAGAGAGGAUGAUGAAUCACCGUUGUCGAGGCCCGGUUGGCCGCUCUUGCGGAUAGCUGCUGCCUCAGCGGAAACUAUGAGUACUACUCCUAUGAGAGAAUUUAAAUCCAGAGAAAAUAUGUCCGUGGUACAGUGGGUGAUGAUGGACCUGCCUAGCCGUCGAUUUCUUUCGGCAAAUUCACAGCCGCAGGAAGGUGAUGAAAAUUGCUUGACAGUAGCACCAACACAGCUUUCCGAUGAAUUGGAGAUUCUUGUUGCAGAAAACUCAGCAGGUUGCAGGCUUUUCAGCUAUGCAGAAAUCAGUAGCGCAACUUGUCACUUCUCCGCAGAAAAUCUUAUCGGCGAAGGAGGGUGUAGCAGCGUAUACAGAGGAUGUCUCGAGGGAGGUGAAUCAGUGGCGGUCAAGGUUCUGAAAUCGUACAAGGAAGUUUGGGAUGACUUUUUAUUGGAAACCAAGUUUGUGUCUUCAAUUCAGCACAAACACAUCACUUCUCUAGUUGGUGUAUGUGUGGAAGAUGGCAACCUUAUUUUGGUAUAUGACCUCUUUCCCAGAGGGAGCUUGGAAGGAAACUUGUACGAUUGCAGUGAUGGAUGUAUACUCCCAUGGGAAGUGAGAUUCAAUGUGGCUGUUGCAGUUGCAGAGGCUCUAACUUACCUGCACAAUAACUGCCCUCAGCCGAUCAUUCAUCGCGAUGUUAAAUCCUCAAACAUUCUUCUCUCUGAUGAGCUUCAGCCGCAGUUAUCUGAUUUCGGGCUUGCUACAUGGGGACCGACCGAUUCUGGUUACGUGAUAAGUAGUGAUGUGGUGGGGACUUUUGGGUACAUUGCUCCGGAAUAUUUCAUGCAUGGGAUGGUGAGUGACAAGAUUGAUGUUUAUGCCUUUGGUGUUAUUCUCCUCGAACUCUUAUCCGGUCGAAAGCCGGUCCAUGCCGAGGCUUCGAAAGGACAAGAGAGUUUGGUCAAAUGGGCAAGAAAUUUGUUAGACGUUAUGGAUCUUAAAGCAUUGCUGGAUCCAAAGUUAAAUGGGGACUACGAUGUUGCCCAAAUGCGCAGAAUGGUAAUGGCAGCAGGGCUUUGCAUAAACCAGUCACCUCGUCUUCGACCGAAAGCGAGCCAGGUUCUGAAGCUACUAACGGGAGAGACGGACGCAAAUGAGUGCUUUAAUCUUCAUGCUGUCAAGUCGAGAGAGACGUGUUGUCGAGAUGAAGACGACGACCUAUUCCCGGAAGUCGGGCGGCAUUCGGUUUCUGCAAUGUCCGAUACAAAUGAUGGUAGCAUCAGCAGAUCAAGUUCAACAAACACAGCAUCUAGUGCAGAGAAACCACACCGGUACACGUUAAAGGACUACUUGUCUACACCUGACCAUUAUUGUUUAAGUGAAAUUUCUUUCAUAAACAUGUAAAUAUACAUACAUACAUAUAUAUAUAUACACAUACAUACAAAAU